GCAUCAUCUGUGACACUGCUGCGAAGAAAACAGGCAGAACAAGGGUAUAGCAAGGUCAACAGAACACAGAGAGGUUUCAUUGGCUCGUGGUAGCUGAGGUUAAGCCCACAGCCUUGUUUUUAAGAGCUCCAGCUUACAGAGACCUUGUGGCGUUACGGGAAGAUGGACAUGGACAACUCAGAAACAAUGCCUGAUAUCUAUGAUGACUAUAAUACUACUAAUGAAACUGACUUUUGUGAGCUUGGUGAGCAACAGGAGUACUUCAUCAAACUGUUCCAGACGUGCGUUUUCUGCCUGAUUUUUUUACUGGGAGUUUUGGGAAACUGUCUGGUGAUAGCCACCUUUGCUCUCUACCGCCGCCUGCGCCUCCGUUCCAUGACCGACGUCUUUCUGUUCCACCUGGCACUGGCCGAUCUCCUCCUGCUCCUCACGCUCCCGUUGCAGGCAGCCGACACUCACAAGGGUUGGAUCUUCCCCGUCGCACUCUGCAAAAUUCUGCGUGCAUGUUAUGCCAUCAACACAUACAGCGGGCUGCUGCUGCUCGCCUGCAUCAGCGUUGACCGCUACAUGGUUGUGGCACGUGCCCAAGAGAUGCUACGGCUGCGCAGUCGGAUACUAACAGCAGGGAAGGUUGCUGCUGUAAUUGUCUGGAUUGUUGCCGUUUUACUUAGCCUGCCUGAAAUCAUUUUCUCUGGGGUUUCUGAGUUCGGUGAGGAAAAAUUUUGUGCCAUGCAAACAAGCGGGUAUGUCAAGAUGGUCCCCAGUGGGGCCAUUAUUUCUGUUUUCUGUGUGUCCUUCUUCAUUAUGGUGAUAUGCUAUACUUCCAUAGGCGUAGUUCUUUGGGAAGGCCACGUGCAUCGCUGUGGGAAGCAGUGGCAUCGGCAGCGUACCCUAAAGUUAAUGGUUGCUCUGGUGCUGGUUUUCGUCAUUUUCCAGCUGCCAUACACAGUAGUGCUGUGUCUCAAAAUAGCUAGGCCAUACUGUGGUCUGAUGACAGAGUACAUCACCUGUACUCUGGCAUACACACGCUGUUGCCUCAACCCCAUGCUCUAUGCACUGGUUGGUGUACGUUUUCGUAAAGAUGUAGUGCAGCUUUUGCAUGAUUCCGGCUGUCCAUGUGGGUUUCAGCUUAGGCUGCACAGUGUCCACUCUACAUCCAUUUCCGCCUCCUCUCCUGGUCUCACUGUACUCUCAGUUUGUUCCCCAACAUCACCUGAUACAUAUUCCACUAGUGAUGGAUUAAAGUUUCAGUUUCCAGCAAGUAAGUAAAGUCAAAUGUAUACAGUAAGAUAAGUGACUUUGCUUUAAAUUUUUCAGCUUUUCCAAUCAAUUUUCAUAAAACAUUGGUCUAAAUAGCAUUAGAACUUUAUCUCAGUUUCUGCAAUUGGUUCAUAAGAAGUAACUUUAAACAUCUGUUGCAGAUCUGUUACUCUGCAAUCUUCAGAGUAACACAUUAAUCACGCUGUGUCAUCAAAGAAGCUUGUAUGAAAGCCACUGUUAUUCUUGAAAUUGCUGAAUAUUACUCAACUAAUAUUGUACAGUUUUCUCCGUUUUCAUGGGUUCAUGUCAUUUGUUGUCAUUGAAAACAAAAGGAUAUUGACAUUUUUGUGUUUUUAUUAAAUUCAAGAAAAAAAAAAAAACAAAUCUAUAAGAGAACAAAUUUUCAUUGAUGGUAAAAAAAAUGAAGAAAAAAACUUUUAAGAGAAAAUAAGUAAUCAUAGAAUAAAUAAAAGAUAGAUUGACAUUCGGAAAAUUACUUCCAAGGGAAACACACUUUCUUUAUAUAUAUAUAUAUAUAUAUAUAUUAACUUUCAAAUAUAUAUUUUUUUGCAAUCUGACUGACAACAUGUCCUCUAAAAGUAAAAGCUUUUUUCUUCUCUUUCUCUCGAAACCUAAGUCUUUGAUCUCGAUUCAGGAUUUUUCUCCUUCGCUGUUCAUCGCAAACGCCCCUAUCACCACUCAGCUGUCAAUUCAUUCUGAUUUAAAAAAAAAUAUUUUUUUUUCUCUUGGAAGUCAUUUUCUAAAUUCAAAUUUUCUUUUUUCUAUUCCAUCACAAAAUGUUUUCUCUCAACAUAACAUUAUUUUUUUUACGUCAGUGUGAAAAUUUGUUCUCUCCAACAUAUUUAUUUCACUUUUAAAAUUAUUUUCCCCUUUAAAAUCACUUCUUUUCUUGAAUUUAAUGAAAACACUCCAUAUUGAGCAGCAUUUAGUUUGUAUACUAGCUUAUUCUGUUACAAUACAAAUGUAAAACUGCCUGUGCAUUAAGCUCAAACUCUUAGAAAAUUGUUCUGUUUUGUUUCUUAUGUUUUUUUGUAAGGGCCUCCAGCAUUUUUAUCUCAACCCUGUGAUCUUUGUCAAGCUUGUAAAUAUUUGCAAUUACUUUACUUUUCUUUUUAUAACUUAUUAUAUAUAUCAUGUAUUUUGUUCUAUAAUGCUUGUUCUAUUUCAUAUGAAAUGCCUUUAAUUUCAUUUUGUUGAAUAAAAAUUAAAGAACAAAUAAACAAACUUUGAAUCAUA